AUGGGGCAGACUCAGGUGGUUCAGGAACUGGGAGUAGUGAAAAGUGUCUGCCCAGGCACUUCCAGGUUUUCUUCUUCCAAUCCCUCUUCUGCUUCUGCUGCUGCUCAGGAGGUCAGAUCUGCCACUGAUGGUAAUACCAGCGCCACUCUGCCCACCUCUGCCAGGACGAGAAAGUUAAACAGCUGCAGCAGUAGCAGAAGUAACAGUGGUAACAAGAGAGAGGACUUUGAUUCCACCUCUUCCUCUUCCACCCCUCUACAUGCUAGAGAUUCAGAGUCCCCUUAAACCUUGUCCCUCUGCCUCAGUGUUCCAGUGGCCACUUUCAGCCAUGUACCGAUACAGAAGAAGCUGCGUUUUGAAGACACCCUUGAGUUUGUAGAGUUUGAUACGAAAAUGGCUGAGGAAUCCUCCUCUUCAUCUUUCUCAUCUUCACCAACCGCUGCAACCUCACAGCAGCAGCAGCAGCAACUUAAAAAUAUGAGUAUAUUAAUUUCUUCUGUGGCUUCAGUGCACCAUGCAAACAGGCUGAGCAAAUCAUCCACCACGGUCUCUAGCUUUGCUAACAGCAAGCCUGGCUCAGCUAAGAAGUUAGUGAUCAAGAACUUUAAAGAUAAGCCUAAAUUACCAGAAAACUAUACAGAUAAGACAUGGAAGAAGCUAAAAGAAGCAGUGGAAGCUAUUCAGAAUAGUACUUCAAUUAAGUACAAUUUAGAAGAACUCUACCAGGUUGUAGAAAGUCUUUGUUCUUACAAGAUAUCUGCAAAUUUGUAUAAGCAACUGAGGCAGAUCUGUGAAGAUCACAUCAAAGGACAGAUUCAUCAAUUCAGAGAGGAUUCAUUGAAUAGUGUUCUCUUUCUAAAAAAGAUAGAUAAAUGCUGGGAGAAUCAUUGUAGGCAAAUGAUAAUGAUCAGGAGCAUUUUUGUUUGUUUGUUUCUGGACAGAACUUAUGUUCUUCAGACUUCAAUGCUACACUCCAUUUGGGACAUGGGAUUAGAGUUAUGUAGGGUUCAUAUUAUAAGUGAUCAAAAAGUCCAGACAAAAACAAUUGAUGGCAUCCUUCUCUUGAGAGAGAGAGAGAGAAAUGGUGAAGCAAUUGAUAGAAGUUUACUUCGAAGCCUUUUAAGUAUGCUGUCUGAUUUGCAAAUUUACCAAGACUCUUUUGAACAACUAUUUUUAGAAGAAACUAACUGGCUUUAUGCAGCUGAAGGUCAAAAGUUAAUGCAAGAAAGAGAGGUUCCUGAGUAUCUUCAUCAUAUUAAUAAAUGCCUAGAAGAAGAAGCAGACAGACUUAUUACUUACUUAGAUCAGACCACCCAGAAGUCACUAAUUGUUUCUGUUGGAAAACAACUUCUAGGUGAACACUUAACAACAAUUCUUCAGAAAGGUUUAAAUAACCUCCUUUAUGAAAAUCGAAUUCAAGAUUUGUCUCUCCUGUAUCAGCUCUUCAGUAGAGUUCAAGGUGAAAUUCAGGUUCUCUUACAGCAAUGGAUUGAGUAUAUCAAGGCUUUUGGAAGUACCAUUGUUAUCAAUCCUGAAAUAGAUAACACCAUGGUUCAAGAGCUGUUGGACUUUAAGAAUACAGUUGAUCAUAUAAUUGAUACCUGCUUUCUGAUAAAUGAAAAAUUUAUCAAUGCUAUGAAAGAAGCAUUUGAAACAUUCAUUGAUAAGAGACCAAAUAAACCAGCUGAACUCAUAGCUAAGUAUGUGGUAAAACUUCGUGCAGGCAACAAAGAAGCUACAGAUGAAGAGCUUGAGAAAAUGUUGGAUAAAAUAAUGAUUAUAUUUAGAUUUAUCUAUGGUAAAGAUGUUUUUGAGGCCUUCUAUAAGAAAGAUUUAGCCAAAUGCCUAUUAUUUGGCAAGAGUGAAUCUGUAGAUGCUGAAAAAAUGCUGUCCAAACUGAAACAUGAAUGUGGAGCUGCAUUCACCGGCAAACUUGAAGGGAUGUUUAAAGACAUGGAGCUUUCUAAAGACAUCAUGGUUCAGUUCAAACAGUAUAUGCAGAACCAGAAUGUACCUGGCAAUAUUUAAUUAACUGUGAAUAUCCUAACAAUGGGUUACUGGCCAACAUGUGAGCCUAUGGAAGUCCAUUUGCCACCAGAGAUGGUAAAGCUUCAGGAAAUUUUCAAGACAUUUUACUUAGGCAAACACAGUGGCACGAAACUCCAGUGGCAGUCAACCUUGGGACACUGUGUACUAAAAGCUGAAUUUAAAGAGGGCAAAAAUAACUUCAGGUCU